GAGAUGAGAUUGGUGCAAAUAUUGAAUUUUUGAAGAUAACAAUUUUUUUCGAAAUUAUACAAUUUUAUUUUUGAAGUCCUGCAGGUCGAGAAAAUGCAAAGCAUGAUUUCUCUCGUACGUUCGAACGACCCUCGAUGGACGACCUGGACUUUGGCACCGCUUUAUAAAUUCCUCCGCAUCGCGAAUGUCGAGGUUGCCACCAUCUUCCUGAGAAAGUUUGAGGCCAAGGAAGACAAGAAAUUGGCCUGGGCAGAAGAAGACGAUGACGAAGAUUUACGAAGACAGACGUUGCCGUUGGAUAAGCGACGUAGUUCACGAGUUAUUUCUACGAGAUACUCAACUCACAAGAAGCCAGUCGAAGACGUGAGCGGAUCUGGAAGUCGGACCUCAAUUUUCUCCGGUGUUGAGUCCGGACGAGUGGAAAAGGCGUCAGUUUCAAGAUUGUCGCACGUUUCAAAGACGCACGUGCCGGGUGGAGGAGGUGGAGGCCCUAAAACGGUGGAUGGUUAUCAGCUCAUCGUGGUCAACGACGUGGUCCCCAAUCACUCCCCGGAUAUGUUUUACUUUGUGAAACUGAGACCAGUGAUGGUUGACAGGGACAAUUUUUUUGAAGAUGUGCUUUUCGGCAAUAUCCCGGGAGGGUAUCUUACCUCGCUGCAUUCGUUAAUGUCGUACGUGUUGACGCCGAUGUUUUACCAGAAUGGCGUUCUACCGGAAAGCAUUGCCAACGACUUCUACGCCAGCACGAACAGCUUCAUGAGCUCGAUUACUGAAACGCACAACCGGCUCCUGUGUCAAACGGUACUUUACGUUCCCAAAGAAGCGUUGAGUGCUCCGAUUGAUAUCGUUUCUAAAGAUAAAGAAAUCUGUUCUCGGUUAGAAGCCGCCAUGGUGCAUUGGAUUCGUCAGUACGGAUUCAAAAAGAUUUCCAUUUUUUAA